AUGAACUGUAUUUUCAGAAAAGGCCAGUUGUUAGCGUUCGCAUUGGUGUCAUUACUGGCAACACAGACUAUGGGUGCUGCUAUCGAUUUACCCAGGAGCCCACAUAAUGUCAAACCCUUCCGUAGUGAUCAGCCGGAUUUGCAAAGACGAGCAAAUGAGCCCUUUUUCGAAAUAGAUGUAAAAACUCUGAAUGCGAACUCACCCAUAUCAGAGUUGUGUAAGAAAAAUUUACACGUAAUCGAAUCUGCCCAGGAACUUUUCCAGCUCCAAAACCAAUGUGAAUACAUAUUGGGAUCUUUACACAUCACUAAUUAUGACUCUAACGUCUUGGAUUUGAGCAGUUUGAGAGCCAUUGGUGGUGAUCUGAUUGUUCAAGAUUCGCCCGAACUAAUUAGAAUGCAAGCUUCCAACUUGAAUAAAAUCGAAGGUCUUUUCCAACUACAAGGCCUGACUUCGUUGGUUUCCGUUGAGAUCCCCACCCUGAAAUUCUGCCGGUCGUUGGAAUGGAAAGUGGUCCCCAUCUUAAACUAUGUGUCUAUGGACGCUCAGAAUAUCGAGAUUGUUGAAGAUAUUAUCAUAUCGGACACUUCAUUGGCCAACAUCGAGAACUUCAAUAAGAUUCAAGAGAUUGACACGUUCAACAUCAAUAAUAACCGAUUUUUGGAAACCAUUCACUCAAACAUUAAGACUAUCAGGGGCCAGUUUAGUGUUCAUGCUAAUGCUAAAGAAUUGGAACUUGAAAUGCCAUACUUAAGAGAGGUGGAGAACAUUACCAUUAGAGACACAUCUUUGGUCUAUUUGCCCCAACUGACUAAUGUGAAAAGUUCUUUAGAAUUUAUCGAAAACUAUUUCUAUGAGUUGAACUUGAACAAUUUGCAAAAAAUUGGUGGGACUUUAGGAAUCAUUAACAAUGUAAAUCUAAUGAAGAUAGAUUUGGAAAAUGUCACGGAUAUUCAAGGUGGUUUGAUGAUUACUGAUAAUGAAUCCCUUGAGGAAAUCAAUUUCUUGCCCAAUUUGAAACAAAUCGGCGGUGCAAUUUUCUUUGAAGGUUCCUUCAAAGAUGUCAUGUUUGAUAGUCUGAAAUUGGUGAAAGGUAGCGCAUUUAUCAAGAGUUCGUCAAACGUGUUGGAUUGCAAUAAAUGGACAAAUCCGUCGAAUGGCAGGUCAAUUAUAAGAGGCGGGAAGUUUACUUGUAUUUCUGGAAAGAAGGAAAACACGUUGAAUGUAAAGCAAGAUGGAACAGUCCUCGAAAAGGGUUUCAAAGACUUAACGCAAGAGAGUGAAGACUCCAAAAGAAGGCUCAUCUCAAAACUCACGAACUCAACGGCUCCAACCAUGCAAUUAAACUUCGUUCUUAUUGGUAUGUGUCUUCUUUCCAUGUUAUUGCUUUAG